AUGAUGAGUUCCCCUGGCAGGGCCAGCAGCGCCUUUCCCCUGCACGUCCUGGUCUGGAAUAAUGACUACAGGCGUCUGGACGAGGAGCUGCAGGACAAGGAUGUUGAUCAACGUGAUCCACGAGGCCGGACCUUGUUGCACCUUGCUGUUUCCUUGGGUUAUAUAGAAUCUGCCAAAGUUCUCCUUCAACACAAGGCAGACGUAACUAAAGAGAACGCACAGGGAUGGACAGUUUUACAUGAGGCUGUCAGUACAGGAGAUCCAGAGAUGGUACAAAUGAUUCUGCAGCAUCGGGACUACCAGCAGACCUCUAUGACACUUGGAGGAGUUCCUGAAUUACUCCAAAAGAUUAAUGAGACUCCAGACUUUUAUGUGGAAAUGAAAUGGGAGUUCACUAGCUGGGUUCCACUGGUUUCUAGGGUUUGUCCAAGUGAUGUCUGCCGCAUCUGGAAAAGUGGUGCCAAGCUGCGUGUUGAUAUCACUUUGCUGGGCUUUGAAAAUAUGAGCUGGGAGAGAGGAAGGCGUAGUUUAAUUUUCAAGGGAGAAGAUACUGGAGGUUGGGCAGAACUAAUUGAGAUAAAUCAUGAUGAUAAAUUUGUUACAACGGAGCGUUUUGAGAUUUCCCAACACAUGAAACGUUUGACACUGGGAUCUAUGACACCAAAAAGAAAAGACGUGGAAAGACGCCUUACAUCUCCAAUUAUUAAUACGUGCCUUGAUACAAAAAAUAUUGCUUUUGAGAGAACCACAUCUGGAUUCUGGGUAUGGAGGACAGAAAAAGCGGAAGGUGUAAAUGGUUAUGAAGCAAAGGUAUACAUUGCAAACAAUGUGAAUGUGGUUACAAAAAUCCGAACGGAACAUUUAACAGAAGAGGAGAAGAAAAGAUAUAAAGCUGACAGGAACCCCCUGGAAUCAUUUCUGGGUACAGUGGAGCAUGAGUAUGGUGCUCAGAGUACAACCAAGACAACAGAGUAUGCUGCAAGUAACAAUCCUACUGCUAUUACUCUGGAGGAAUACUUUGACCCAGAAUUUGAUUUGAAAGGUAGAGACAUAGGAAGACCGAAAGAAGUCACCAUUCGAACGCAGAAAUUUAAAGCAACCUUGUGGAUGAGUGAAGAGUUUCCCUUGUCUCUUAUGGAACAAGUCACUCCAAUCAUAGAUCUGAUGGCCAGAACUAGUGCUCAUUUUGCCAGACUUAGGGAUUUCAUCACUCUGGAAUUUCCACCAGGUUUUCCUGUCAAAAUUGAAAUUCCCUUAUUUCAUGUGCUGAAUGCCCGAAUUACAUUUGAAAAUGUCAAUGGCUGCAGGACAGCUGACAAAACGUCAUCACAAACGGUUGGAGGUGCACAGUGUGAUUCAGGUGCUAAUUUCGAGGUUGACCAGUCAGUGUUUGAGAUUCCCAAAUCUUACCAUGUCCAAGAUGAUGGUAGGAACAUACACGUGCAGGAUGAAGAUAACGAAAUCAUGCAGUUUGCUAUUCAGCAGAGUUUGUUGGAAUCUGGUGGAAAUAAAGAAGUGGGAGUGCAUUCCAAUGGAGCAGUUGCAUAUUCACAGGACUUCAAUAUACAGUAUCAGAGAGCACUGCAGGAGAGCUAUCUAACAAGCUCAGGUAACUCACACUGCAGCACCCCUAGUGAACCUUCCAGUUUUGAAAAAGACUUACAGCUUGCCAUGGAGUUGUCUGUCCGAGAGCAGGAGGAACGGGAGAAGCAACGUCGUGAAGAGGAAGAUGCAGAGCUUCAGCAAGUUUUACAGCUUUCUCUUCUGGAAAAAUAAUUCCAUAGUGAUCUCCUGAAAUAAGGAUGACCAAAUCUGCAUAAAACUGAAGGCUUUCAGAGCUAUCAGUCUGAAGACCACUCCUGGAUUGCUUAAGUAAACAUUUCACCUGCCUUCUUAGUUGGCACCAUCAGCUACAGAAAGCUGA